AUGCACAGAACCCCCCGUGCCAGCAGAGCCCUGCAGCAAGCCUGGGAGAAGGCCUACCAGGACCACAGGCAAAAGGUCCAGCAUGCCCAGCCUGUGGUAGACACCCGUGCACCAGCAACUUUCAGCCACCUGCACCUUAAGCUCAAGAGGCUGAAGCUGGAGGAGGAACGGCUGUCCAUUAUCGACAGAGACAAUCGCCUGCUUCUGGAGAAGGUGGCCUCUGCCAUGAGGAACAACAAACGGACAGCAGAAUCAACUCCAGAAAUCAGAGCCUCAGAACUGGCAUAG